AUGUCUCAAGACGCGCAGCCUUUUGUCGUCCACCAGCCCAUUCCUCGACGGCCUUUCGCUAAACCGGCCAUACCACUAGAACACGAAAAGGAUGAACGGGAUGCGACAGAGGAUGCGGUCCAGACGAUGGGCCAGAAGCGUCUUGCACAGCUGGACUGCCUGCAGAUUCUUGCGCCGGGUGACGCUGCGCGUCGCAUCCGUGAUACCCACAAGCAGAACUUGUAUGACCUCAGCAUCCCAUUGACACCCACUGGAAGUUCUGCCUUUCUGUCCAGCAUGACCUCAUCUACCCUAUUUGGCAUAUUCGGCUCGACCUCCGACAUCACUCCUUUUGAGACAAGCACGCCGACUCGGACGCAAUUUGGCAGCGACGAAAACGAAAAUGAGAACGAGAAUGAGGAUGGCGAGGAGGACAGACGCAGCGGCGUGACCGACGCUGAUGUGGCCGCGAUCCGGCAGGCGUCUAUGGACCUGCUGAUGCUACAGCGACAGGGGAAGCAUCCUGGGCAACGGGACGGCCCAGAUGGAGGAUACUCACGUCCGCAGCAGUGGACAGCCAGCACUUCUGCGCAUGCGCAGUUGCAGUCAUCCUGUGGCCGCAUCUUCGUAUUCGGCCGGGCUGUUCUCUUGUUUGUUCUGGGUAUGGGCUAUGGCGUGCUGGUGUCGAGGCUUCACUCCGAGACCCAGGACAGGUUUGUCGACGGCACAGCAGCGUCAGCCGUCGAACAAGACACGGCAUCGGCUGCUCGACGAGGCACUGCAUACGAUGCCACGAACGACUGGUGCUACCUGGUCUCGUGGGGAAUUUCCGGCGUUGUGCUCGGCUUACUGCUGCCGUGGUUCGACAGCCUGUGGAAUCGCACGUUUGGCAUCGACGGCCAGCACGCCCGCGACAAGAGCCACAUGGCUCCGGAAACUGACUGGGCUCUGGUUGUGCGCGGCAUUGGCGCUUUUGCCGGCAUUGCCUUGGCUAUGCGCAAACUGCAAUGGGCCUCGACGUUGCAGGCGUCGCUGACACUCGCCCUGACGAACCCGUUUCUCUGGUACUUGCUGGAUAGGUCCAAGUCCGGGCUGCUGCUGGCUACGGCGGUCGGUCUGGUCGGCUCCGUCGUGCUGACGGCCCUCGAGCUCGACCUGAUGCCCAACCCGGGCAGCCGUCGUGAUGACCUCUAUGCCACACACUGUGGAGGAAACGGGGUUUACGCGUCCCAGUUUAACGGCUCGACGACAUUGUCAUCCGCCAGUCGUGCCGAGAGCAGCUCCAGUGCGACAGCUAUAUCAUCGUCUGCGUCGACAGCGGCGACAGCUGCGGCAGCUGCGGCAGCGGCUGCGAGAAACUUGGUCUCUGGAGCCACGGUCGAGAUGGCCAUCUGGAUGGUCAGCGUGCUUUUCUGUAGCUGCGUGUGCUUUGGGAACAUUGGCCGACGGCUAGCAUUGCGGCCGGCGACCGUCUUGACAAGCGCUGUCGUGGGCGUGGCCAGCUCUUAG